GGCUCGGACACAUUCAACUUGAACAUGGAAAGCUGGGGACAGAGCCUCGUCUGGCUACAGAUUUUGGUUCUGUGCGCGGAUAUAUCCCUGCAGAAUGAGACAGUGGCCAUCGCCCAGGCGGAACCCAAACUCAGCGGAAAGCAAUCCACCGUGGAGACCCUGAAACGCGCAAAGCGCGCAUGGAUCAUAGACACAUUUGAACUUCAGGAGGAAUUGCCCGGCCCAUACCCAAAAUUCAUUGGCAGGGUACAAGUAGAAGAAGAUGACCAAAUGAAGUACAAGCUGACGGGGAUAGGGGUGGACGAGGAUCCUAAGGGGCUCUUCCACAUCAAUGAGGACGAUGGAUCUAUUUACGUGCACCAGAAAAUAAAUUACGAAGCCACUCCAAUGUUCCAAUGGAAAUUCAACGCUAUAAACAAAACCUCCGGCAAAGUGGGGACAAAACUCGGAAUUCAGCUGAAGAUCUUGGACAUUAAUGACAAUGUCCCACAGUUCAGCCAGAAGUCUUAUGAAGUUUAUGUUAAUGAAAGCUUUGUGCAAGGAAAUACGGUCUUUACGGUGUUGGCUUCAGAUUUAGAUGAAGAAGACAGCUUAAAUUCCAAGGUGGUGUAUCGUAUUGUGUCACAGAUGCCGACUGAUUCCGACAUCGAGUUCACUAUCGAACCAGAGAAAGGCUUCAUUUCGUUUAAAGGAUGUCUGGAUUACGAGAGAAAUAAAAAGUAUAAAUUGGUGGUCGAAUCCAAGGACAAUGGUGAGGACAUCCAGCUCAGCAGCUCCUGUGAAGUUAAUAUCUAUAUUGUUGAUCGCAACAACCAUUUACCAGUCUGGAGCGCAUCGCAGCUUCAGGCCUCUGUCCCAGAGCGAGAUGUCAAUGUGACCAUCCUGAGAUUUGGGGUCUCUGACUCGGACACGCCUAACACCUCGGCUUGGAGGGCGGUUUACUCAAUCACAGAAGGCAACGAUGAUGGGAAUUUCAUAAUAACAACGGACCCCGUGACUAAUGAAGGACUUCUCAUGGUGGUCAAGCCACUAGAUUAUGAGACAAUCACCCAAAGCCAACUGUCCGUUCUGGUAGAAAACGAGGAACCCCAUUUUAGCUGCAAAGUGAUGGAGAAAUCGAAGACUGGUUUAUGGCAACUGGCGCCAGCCAAAGACAGCAAGACAGGAAGGUCAGCUCUGCCAGCGAAAUCAGUGGUGGUGGAUAUAUUGGACGUAAACGACCCUCCGCUGUUUAUUCCAGAUAAAAUAGCCAUUUCUAUGGAAGAACACUCCAUGGAACCAGGAACAGUCCUGAAGAAAGUGGAAGCCAAAGAUAUGGAUGUUGUAAAACCAAAUAAAAUCAAAUACAGAAUAGAGAAUGACACUGCCGACUGGCUCGCCAUUGACAAAGACACCGGCGUAAUUACAGUCAAAGGACCAAUGGACAGAGAGUCUGAAUAUGUGGUUAACAGCAAGUACGUGGUGAAGAUUUUGGCAGUAGAUGAUGGGAUCCCCUCACUGACUGGGACUGCCAACCUGUUCAUUAACCUGAAGGAUAUCAACGAUAACGCUCCCAGCUUAGAGUACCCCUUCAUGGCCACGUGUUACAGCGAAGAGGAAAGCAUUAUCUCAGCCAUGGUCAGAGACAAAGACUUGGAACCCUAUGCUGGACCAUACCACUUCGAUGUCCUGGACAAAGACUACGAGACAAAGAAACUACAAGUCAUGAACAAUCAUGCCGAUGUGCUCCAAAUUCGGAAACUGAAAGAUGCGUCUCCGGGCAAUCAUACUCUGCACCUGGAAAUAUACGACCGUCAGGGGUUCACCUCCCUCCAGAAUCUCACGGUCUAUGUGUGCGAAUGUCUGGAAGGAAACGCCUGUGUAGAGAAAAUGACUGGACCACCUAUAAUGGGGGGAGGUGCCGUGAUCCUACUACUUCUGGCUAUGUUUGUAUUUCUUGGGCUGAGCUUGUUAGUGUGCAAGAUAAACAAGGAGAAGGAGAUGAUUCCUGUGGAAAACGAACCGUUAAAUUCCAUUAUUAUAUACAACGAAGAGGGAGGCACCAAGGAUUACGUAGGUUCAGCACCUUUGAAUGGAAACACGGCUGGACUCUUGUCCAAUAACCAGGAUACAGCAAUGCUGAAAGCAAAUAUGGCCGGAUCGGGGUUCCACAACCAGGAGACAAAUUAUGACAUGGUUGGGAAUUUUCCCGGACGCAGUAGCCAGUACACACCGGUACUCUCAGUAAGAUAUUUAGAUUUUUUUUAUGCCAUUUGUUCAGAUCCGUAUCAAUCUGUAUGAAUUCUGGGAGGGAGUACGAGAGAGGAGACAGUCAAUGAUCUAGAUUGAGAACGCUGACCAGCAAUUCACACAUACAGAUGUGCAAUACACGUUGCCGGGGCUCAGAUUAAAAGCAUUUGCACAUUUAUUUUUUUUCCAACGAGAUUCGCAAAUCAGCAAACCGGUGAAAUAUUUGCAGGUUUCUGGCAGAAGCCGAGGAAUAAAUUUACAUGCUUAUGAGAAAAAGUCAUCGGACGCUGUUGGGCAAAUUAAGCCAAAGUUGGCUCGUUCCCAUAGCAUACAGCCCCAAACAUCAUACUAUACAGCCUUCAAUCGAGCUACGGCUAGACGGCACUCGGUGAGUCGGGAGAGUUACGAUAGAAACCGAAGAAUGAAUACCUUGAAUCGCAAUGGCACCUAUCGGAGCACAAUCAGUACACAUCGUCGCUCAUACCUGUCUGCAACCAAUUCAAUGAGCAGAAACUCUUCGAGAACCAUGGAAACUAUCCUGAAACAGUCCUUUGCAGGUGACCUGGAAAUAUACAAGCCACGGACAUUCGUUGAGGAAGGAGAACUGUCCAGAGCCUCUUCCCUGGAUG